AUGAUGGCCAGCUUCCAAAAAGACAAAACCAAACAGAGCCAAACAGAUCAACGAAACCAAGGCCGAUCUGUUACUCCAGAAGACUACACCUCCCUCUGGGGGUGGGUCACCUUUUUCUGGGUCAGACCCCUCGUCAACUUGGGCAGGGAUAAUACCCUGAAUGAGAGUGAUGUGUGGAACCUCAGCCCAACGAUGCAAUCACACCCAAUCUUCGUCACAUUCAGCGCAAUUGCACAGUCGACGCUCCUACGCUGCCUUUGGACCGCCAACUCGCUUGAUUUAAUCCUCGAUUUCUGCUUAACGUUUGUAAGUGUAGUGUUCAAAUACGCCGGCCCCUUCUUCCUCAAACUAAUUCUCGAUGCCAUCGACUUGGAACACCCUACGCCUGAAAGCCAAACCCAGGUGUACAUCUACGCCUUCCUGGCGUUCACGUGCACACUUCUGAAAGCCCAGGCUGAUGUACAGCACCUGUGGUUUGGCCGACGCGCGUCCACGAGGAUUCGAUCGGAGCUUAUGGUGGCGAUAGGGUUUGGCGCGCUGCUGGUGGAGAGAUAUCAUCGUAUGUGGUUUUGCUUGUGGAACUGCUCCAGUUUUGAAGUUUGGACAGGUCAACCCCAGGUUUCCUCCAUGUGA